GGACAACAACAAGACGAUGAUCAUGGCCGCCGCCAGAACGCUCUCAACCCUGCCCUCCACGAUAUUCACACGUGCUAUCUCUUCUAGUCCAGUUUCCUGUACCAAGGCAGUCAAGGACCCAGGAAUGGUACUGAAGGAAAGAUUGUGGCAAAAAGAGUUUCAUCAGAAAAACAAAGGGAAAAUAUAUGACAAGAAGCCUUUUAAGAUGACAGUUAGACAAGGCAAGAAGUACAUGUGGUGUGCCUGUGGUCAAAGUAAAACACAGCCAAUGUGUGAUGGCACUCACUUAAUUCAGCAACUGAAGAUCCCUCAAAAGCCCCUGGUCUUUUAUGCACCAGAAACCAAAGAAAUUUGGCUGUGCAACUGUAAGCAGACGAAGAAUCCUCCAUUUUGUGACGGCACACACCGCACUCAAGAGAUUCAAGAAGCCAUUAAAUAAGAAUAAGUGAGGUAUGUUUAUGUAUGACUAGUUUUCAUGAUUUUGUUGGUGGUCAUGUAGAUGAAGCAGAGGAAGUGUUAGUUAUAUACAAGUAAGUGUUGAUAGAGAAUGUGUUGAUAUUUAUACUAUAGUAGAUAGGAUUAUUUAUGAUUACUUGUAAAUGAACACAUAUUGUAUAUUGUGUAGAUUUUAUUAUACUUUAUUGUCCAUUGCGGCUAUUCAGGAGUGCUGCACAUGUUUGAUGAGUAAGGAAAGUGUACAGGAUAAAUGUGUUAGAUCACAACUAUGACUCAGUGAUGUCAUGAAAGCACAUUUUAUUCUUAAUUCUACAGUAUUAAAAAUUUGUUAACUGUAAGAGUGAUAUGGGAAGUUUUGUUUGAAGAAGACAUGAAAGGCCAUCAAACCUCUGACCAUUACCAUCUUGAAGUAAGUUUCUUUGUUGAUGUACAGACAUGUGCUUUGUAAAUAGAAUGUGUUUUUAAUAAA